AUGGCUCGGUCGGCGCGGGUGUACGCGGCGCUGGGCACGAACCUCGGCGACAAGGUGGCCAACCUGGAGCAUGCGCUGGCCAUGCUGAGCGCCACGGUGGGGCCCGUGGAGGCCACGUCGCGCCUGUACGCCACGGCGCCGCAGUACGUGGAGGACCAGCCGGUCUUCCUGAACCUCGUGGCGCGGCUGCACACGACGCUGGCGCCCGCCGAGCUGCUGGGCGCCUUCAAGGCCAUCGAGCGCGACAUCGGCCGCACGCCGUCGCUGCGCUGGGGCCCGCGCCUCAUCGACGUGGACAUCCUGCUGUACGACGACCAGCAGCUGGCCGUGGACACGGCCGACGGGCCGCUCAUCGUCCCGCACGAGCGCAUCAUCGAGCGCGACUUCGUGCUGGCCCCGCUGUGCGACCUGGCCCCGGAGCUGCUGCACCCAGUUCUGGGCCAGUCCAUGCGGACGCUGUACGACCGACUGCAGGCCGGCGAGCAGCGCUACGUGGCCCCGGUGCCCAUGCUGCCGGCGCACAAGGCCGCGCCAUGGGCCGUGGGCAGCAAGACCUUCGUCAUGGGCAUCGUCAACGUCACGCCCGACAGCUUCAGCGACGGCGCCGAGCUGGACACAGCCACAGCUGCCGUGCAAAAGGCCCUGGAGAUGGAGCGUGCGGGAGUGGACAUCAUCGAUAUCGGCGGGGAGUCCAGUCGCCCCGGGGCCAAGCCCGUGACGCAGGAGGAGGAGCUGCAGCGAGUGCUGCCCGUGAUCCGAGGCAUCCGUGAGCAGAGCGAGGUGGCCAUCUCCAUCGACACGACCAAGGCAGAAGUGGCCCGGCAAGCUAUUGAAGCGGGAGCGAACAUUGUGAACGACAUCUCGGCCGGGUUGAAGGACCCAGACAUGUUCGCGACGGUUGCCAAGCUGCGGGUUCCGAUCGUGCUGAUGCACAUGCGGGGCACGCCCCAAACGAUGACUGGGCUCAAGGAGUACGACGACGUGGUGACUGAAGUGGAAGAAGUGCUGAAGGAGCGUGUGGCCGCUGCGGAGGCCGCGGGGAUCUUCCGCUGGAACAUCAUCGUGGACCCGGGCAUUGGCUUUGCCAAAGCGCGCGUCUUGAACCUGAAGCUGCUGCGGAAGCUAUCGACGGUGAAGCAGGCGUGCCAUGACCUGCCGAUGCUUGUGGGGUCCUCUCGCAAGGGCUUCAUUGGCGAGAUCUGUGGGCGUCCAGACCCGAAGGACCGUGCUUGGGGCACCGCCGCCACGUGCUGCGCUGCCAUCGAGCAAGGAGCUGACAUUCUGCGCGUUCACGACGCAGCCGAGAUGGUCGAUGUGGCCAAGAUGUCGGACGCCAUUUGGCGCGAGGAGUAGAAGUACGUACAGUACAGUAGUUGCACCGCCUUACCACUUUAGACUUGAUCAACACUGGCGCAGCGUCUACAAUGCCACGACAUGC